GCGGACGCGCCAGCGCCUCUGCCUCGCUUUUUCUUAUUUUCUCCCCCUUUUCCCCUUCCUUUUCUUUUCUUUUUUUCCCCUUCCCCCUUCCACCAUUUCCCCUCGGAGGCGCUUCCCCCGGGCAGGGGCAGAGCCGGCCUCACCCCGCGCCUCUCCCCGGCCCCCGCCGCCCUAUGGCGAGAGGGCGCCCCCUCCUCACCCGGGCACCAGCGGCGGCGGUCGGAGGAGCGGGACCGGCGGCGGCGGCCUCGGGCCCAGGGUCAUCAUGGAAUUAGUUCGCUGACUGACCCUUGGGCUGCAGCCGUGCGUCCCGCCCGAGUGCCCGCGCCCGCCGGCCCGGUUCGCCCUCUUCUCCCUGCCCCGUCGGCCCGGCCCUUGGUCCCGCGCGCCCUGCCGCCGCGCGCCGAGGAUCAUGAGGUGGUAACGGGCCCCCGGAUGACCCCGCGUCACCACUGUGAGGCCUACAGCUCUGCCGGGGAGGAGGAGGAGGAGGAGGAGGAAGAGGAGGAGAAGGUAGCCACAUCAAGCUGGGUGGCAGGCAGAUCCAAAGGGAUAUCAUGAAGUUUCCAGGACCUUUGGAAAACCAGAGAUUGUCUUUCCUAUUGGAAAGGGCAAUCUCCAGGGAAGCCCAGAUGUGGAAGGUCAAUGUGCCGAAAAUGCCUACAACUCAGAACGUUUCUCCAUCCCAGAGAGAUGAAGUAAUUCAAUGGUUGGCUAAACUCAAAUACCAGUUCAACCUUUACCCAGAAACAUUUGCUCUAGCAAGCAGUCUUUUGGACAGGUUUUUAGCUACAGUAAAAGCCCAUCCAAAAUAUUUGAAUUGUAUUGCAAUCAGCUGUUUUUUUCUAGCUGCUAAAACUGUUGAAGAAGAUGAGAAAAUUCCAGUACUAAAAGUAUUGGCGAGGGACAGCUUCUGUGGCUGUUCCACAUCUGAGAUUUUGAGAAUGGAGAGAAUUAUUCUGGAUAAAUUGAAUUGGGAUCUUCACACAGCCACACCAUUGGAUUUCCUUCACAUUUUCCAUGCCAUUGCGGUGUCAACUAGGCCUCAGUUACUUUUCAGUUUGCACAAAUUGAGCCCGUCUCAACAUUUGGCAUUCCUGACCAAGCAACUACUCCACUGUAUGACCUGCAGCCAACUUCUGCAGUUCAAAGGAUCCAUGCUUGCUCUGGCCAUGGUUAGUCUGGAAAUGGAGAAACUCAUUCCUGAUUGGCUUCCUCUUACAAUUGAACUGCUUCAGAAAGCACAGAUGGACAGCUCCCAGUUGAUCCACUGUCGGGAGCUAGCGGCACAUCACCUUUCUGCUCUGCAGUCUUCCCUGCCUCUAAAUUCCGUUUAUGUCUACCGUCCCCUCAAGCACACCCUGGUGACCUGCGAUAGAGGAGUGUUCAAAUUACAUCCCUCCUCUGUCGCAGGCCCAGAUUUCUCCAAGGACAACAGCAAGCCAGAAGUGCCAGUCAGAAGUACAACAGCCUUCUACCAUCAUCUGCCGGCUGCUGGUGGCUGCAAGCAUACCUCUGCCAAACGCAAAGUGGAGGAAAUGGAAGUGGAUGACUUCUACGAUGGGAUCAAGCGGCUCUACAAUGAAGAUAGUGCUUCAGAGAAUGUGGGUUCUGUGUGUGGCACUGACUUAUCAAGGCAAGAGGGCCACGCUUCUCCCUGUCCACCUUUGCAGCCUGUCUCAGUCAUGUAGUAGAGUCAGGUGUUAUCUUCCCGUGCACACUAGGGCUGACUACUCGGAAGUGAGACUAGAAAACCAGGAGAGGCUGUAGAGAAGAGAAGGGCAUUUGGUUUGUCAGACUGCAUGAAGUGAGCCAGGAAAAUAGAAAACACCCUUCUUCCUUUGUGCGGCUACUUAUAAUUCAACCUUAUUUAAUAUAAACGCAUAUAUUUAUAAACUCAAGAUCCAAGAUAUAUUUUACAAGAUUUCUUUGUAUUAUGUCAGUUCCACUUUUUUCUUUGUUAAAAUAAUAGUUUGCCCCAUGUCCAAAAAAUAAUAAUAAAAUAAAAAUCAGUGUUUAGGGGGGAAAGUUGCAAAAAUUCAUAGCUAGAAACCUUGUUCCCAGUGACCUCAUUUCUCUCUCCUUUUCUUGCCUCUCUGUUAGAUGCUUAGUAAGUUUUGUGCUUGUUGAUAUAUGUGUUCUUACUUUAGUUUUAAAAGCAAUUCAGUAAACAAGUUAUUUUUAUGUGGCAGCCAUGUUUAGUCCAUGACUCAAGUUCAUUAGUUUGAAAUGGGCACUUUGAAGCAAUCUAUCCCCAUGAAUCAGCGGUAAUAGAAAAAGUUCUCUUAUUUUGUAUGUUUCAUUUCAGUUCUAGUUUAUCUUAUAUCUUAAAAGUGGUAUGUAAUUAGGACAUUUGAGCAUUUUUGACAUUUGUUAUAAAGAAUUUCUUAUAAAGUUAACAUAUCCCGGUGCUCACUAAAGAAACAUGUAUGUAACAUAUACUUAGGUUUUUGUAACUGAUCUGAUUUCAUUCAUUUACAAUCACUAGGAGCAACUGUCUAGAUACUGGGGCAACCUUGAUUUGGGUCUGUAACUUAAAAUUGAGUUCAGUACCCUAGCUUUAUAGUAAGCUGUUAGGAUGGUCUUGGUAACAAGUUAUUCCCCUUGUUUUUCUGAGUGACUUCUGGGCCCUGAGCUCCUUUUGCAGUCUGAAGAAGGCACUGCAGUCAGAACCAUGUACUGGUGGUAAAGCCUCUGGUAGCAAUAAAACGUUGUCCUUAA